AUGAUGCAGCAUUUAGAUACAGCUUUGAUAACGACAUUUGUGGAGAGAUGGCAGCCGGACACAAACACCUUCCACAUUCCAUUUGGAGAGAUGUCGAUUCUUCUCCAUGACGUUGAUUACAUUCUUCGUAUUCCAGUUGAGGUGGAGCUUAUGAGAGAUGAUCCGCAUCCGGAUGUUCUUAAGUUAGACAUGCAUGAUCUAGUUCGGGUCCCGGUGGAUGGUCUUGUUGGUGGUAAGUGGAAGACGAAGUGGUUCCUUAAUGGUGGUAUACACGCAGAGGGAUUGUUGGUGCGUUGA